UGAGAAGAAGUGAAGUGAAACCUAUGUCAUGAGAACUAGUUUUCGAACAUGGCGGCGUUCUGUUUGUUGUGUUCUGUUGUUUAUCUCGUGUUUCUGUUUACCCAUCAUUAAAUGGAUGAUUGUCCCUGUCAAAAUGCUUACAGAUCGAAAGAAAGAGUCAGCAACUACCCUCGUACAACAAUAAUGGAAGCCGGAGUUCUGAGCGGAUUUUUUUCCUUUGAAUUAGUAUCUUUUAGUUUACUUUCAUGUAGAAAUAUGACAGCGACGUGACUUUGUUACUUGUCUGCUAAAAUUAUCUGUGAUUGAUACGAAUGUGUUCAAGCGCGUUUCUGAAAUGAUACGUGUGUGAUUAAUUGUGAUAAUUAAAUAUAUGUGUAAUAAUUUGUAAGUGCUAUUGUUACAAUUUCGGAAGAAUAAAAAAAAAUGACGUCUACUACGUUGAGAGAAAUGUUGGUUAAACAAGAGCCACGUUGUAUCAGUACUUGCUACGUAUGUGCUGGAUCUAGAGCGGAAUAUAUUAUUUGCUCAAAGCCCCAUGCAGAUGCCCCGUUUUUCCCGUUUUUAGAGCAGCACCAACCUCCUGAAGGGGCUGAAAGUAUGCGUUCGGAUGGUAGGGUUCUAGUAUGCAAUGUAUGCUACAACCUGCUGAACCAGCAAUGGAAUUCCUUUGAGAAAACUAAAACACCAUACACUAAAAGAUUAUAUUGGCUCAAAAGACUGGACAAUGGACCAUUUGCUGGCAUGGAUCUCAAUUUGCAGCAGGAUUAUGAGUCACUGUUCGAAGCUUCAAGCUCAGGAGUUGAUACCGAGCAUCGUAAAGUAAAGCAACCUAGGAAUCAAUUUACACCCAAUUGUAAUGUGAUCAAAUCAAAAUCCGCUGAAUAUUCAGACAGUAACUUUUCUAGCAAUUUUGGUUUCCAAAUGCAAGCACCGGAUAAGUGUGCCCCUGCAGCUAGUAACAUUCUCGAUUUGAGCCUUUCCACGAGGACUUCUUCCCGAUCAUCCAGCUCAGCGUCCCCAGGUAUGAGCUACGAGGCGUGCUAUAUGUGUGGUUUAGAAACAAAGAAUCUCUCGAGCGUCUACGUUAACACGGUUCCCCAUCUUCCCUUUUUUCCGAGCCUUCGCAAUCACCCUAAGCCAAUGAAAUCAAAACCUAUAGAUAUUGAUGGCAGUGUCCAUGUCUGUAAACAGUGUCAUACCUCUUUAGUUAGUCAGUGGGAUUAUUAUCAAAAGCAAGGCAUACCACACCAAGAGCGCAAUUAUAAAAGUAUUAUAUCAAUUCCCGUUAAUGAUACUCCUGUUAGAGAUAAAACAUUUGUCUGUUAUACGUGUGGUAUGGUUGCUCAGUUAUCUGUUCAGAGAAUUAUAUGUGCUUACCAAGAAAGGGGAGACCCAUAUUUUUCAUUUCUACUUCAUAUACCCCCCCAUCCUGGUGCCAACAAACUCUCCAGUGGUAAAGCAAGUGUAUGUUCGGUAUGUUACAAAUCUCUAUAUCGUCAAUAUCAGGUGUUUGAGGUGUCUAAUACUCCUGAAGAGCGUCGUAAAUAUAAAAUUUUAAAUGAAAACGUUGCAGAUAAUGGUAGUGUUCUAAGGCAACAUCUUGAAAGUAUAUCCCAAGAAACAGUUGCAGAGUCUAAAUUUGCAUGUUAUCUGUGUGAAAGUUUCUGCGAUUCAUUUAUAUCGAUCAGCACAGUUCCUACUGACGAUAUGUACUUUCCAUUUAUUAGAAAUUUUCCUAAACCAGCCAGUGCCAUUUCUGUCGACAUUCACGGUCAGGUCAAAGUUUGCAGCAAGUGCCAUAGUUCGUUGAGAUAUCAAUGGCAAACUUUCGAACAUGCAUCAAUUCCGAUAAAUCAACGUCAGUACAAAAUACCUGUAUCAAAGUCUCAGGAAUCUGAAUUCUUGUCUGCGAAUUCUUUAUAUGCUCCAAGUUUGUCAGCACAAUCAAACGUCGAGGAGCAUGGCCAUGUUUUGAAAAGAGGACCCGAUAAAUGUAGUUUAUGCGAAAGGCCAUUUAGCGACGAAGUGUAUUUUCUUGAAACUGUACCGCGGGAAAAGUGCAUGCAUUUUCCAUCUCUGCGUUCUCUCGUUAAAUCAAAUAAUUUUAUUGAUCAAUAUGGUAGAAUCCCUGCUUGUUAUCAUUGUUUUAUGUUUUUAAAGAACCAGUGGGAAAUUUUCGAAUCUGCGCACGUGCCCCAUUCUCAACGCCAAUAUGAAAUUGCUACAACGAAAGUUGAUCGGGAACAUAUGGGGCAUUAUCCUGUUGACUCUCGUUUAUCUGAAGCUAGCGCUGCCCUUCAUAUUCAGGUUUCAUCACCAGAUUUAAAAAUUGACCUUUCAAAGCAUUCGUCUAGCGAACCAUUGCUCACUACAGUUAAUACCUUGCCAGUCUCAAGUAUAACUUUGACGAAUGCGCCGAUUGAUAAGGCCUCACAUUCUUCUGAUCUCAAAGUAGCUUCUAAGCCAAAUCAGGAAGAAUCCACUGCUCGUAUUUGUGGUCCACUGGACAUUCCAUUUGUACGACCUUUACUUCUAGUGCCAAUUCAUUGUUUUGUUUGUGGAGAGUUGAAUUCUACUGGUCUAACUUUUCCCAUUAAAUCGCAACCAACAGGGAAUGUCAAAGGGGAGGAAUGUGUGCCAUUUUUUCCAUUUCUGUCCAAACAUACACCCCCUGAAGGAACUGAGAAGCUUGCAAAUGAUGGAACUGCUCUCUCCUGUAUGUUUUGCUACCAUUCUCUUGUGUCUCAAUGGUAUGCUUAUGAAGCUUCUCCAUUCCCAGAGGACAAAAAUCCAUGGACACGGCGUUAUAAUACUCAUAACUAUGUAUGUUACAUCUGUGGAAUAACGACAUAUCGCCAGAGAAUUCAUAGUAUAUCUGUGAAGAAUUUUCCGUUCCUUUUAGAACAUAAAAGGCCAAACGGUGCUCUUACUCUUUUAAGUGGUGAUUCUGUUGUGACUUGUCAGACUUGUUACGAGUCCAUAACGUCUCAGUGGAAGGAUUUCGAACGCAUGAAAGUUCCUAUUGAAAUGAGAAUGUAUAAUUGGAUAGUUGUUAAACCUCCCCCUGAUGAUGAAAAUAGUAGAGGCUGCCAGAUAUUGCAAGAAAAUUCUGGAUCAAAAUUGCCAGUGAAAGAAACCGAUCAAACAAGCAUUGACGAACAAGGAAUUCCACAUGGUUUAAAGCCAUCCCCAUCUCACAUAAAUGUACCUGCUCCUUAUGGUCUUGCAAAGCCUGUUAGUCACAAUAUGAUGUCCCCUGUGCAUCAAGGUGUUUCUCAUCCAAAUACUGCAUUUUCCCCAUUUCCUGGGAAUGUCAACCAUGCCUUAUCUGCAACACGGGCAUCCAGUUUUGCAGCUGCUUUGAGAAAAUUGGCCAAACAAGCUGUAGAUCCGAUUGCUGAGAAGGAACUGUCUCCUAUAUCUCCAGCUUCAUCUCCUGCUUCCAGUCAGCAUUCCAACCAGAGUAGACAUCAUUCAUCAAUGCCAAUAUACAUGAACAGUCACAAUCCAAAUCCACCUGGACAUGGGUCACCUACUCCAAUGGUUAAUGUUUCACAGGGAAAGGCUUUGGAUUUAGGCCGUUAUGUGAGCAGCAGUCGAAAUGGUGGUAUAAUUGAGCCUGUCAGCAUGAAAGUGGAAAGUUCCAAAAUGAUAUCUUCUAGCAAUAAUGACAAAAGAAAUGAGAUGAUGAGUGUAAAGCAUGUUCCCCCUCCUACUAUGCCCCAUAAUAUUCGUCAAGAAAACAACUCAUCUCGAGGCUUCCAACCCUAUAGGAAUUCCGAUGAACGACAUCCCACUCCACCUCAUAUGUAUAAUGCAUCACCUCCUCCUAGCACAAUGAGUGGAUAUUCCUAUCACCAUCCUUCUUUAGUGCAGUCUUCUCGUAUGCAACCACAAUCAUAUAGUAGGUUAGAUGAUCCUGUUUACAUGGAACGUUAUGGCUUGCUACGACCUUCUACAAUGCCCUACCCACCUCCAAACACUAACAUUAUGUCCCAUUCCCGAGCUCCUCACUAUCCUUCAAAUCAAUAUCCUCCCGAAUUGAUUUCUCAAAGAUCAGCUUCUAACAAUUCCUCUUAUAAUUCUAGCAGGUAUAAUACUGAAGAAGAAAAUGCAAAGGAAAGCAACCUGAUACGCCAGCGGGAGAUGGAAAUGUAUCGUGAGCGUGAGAGGUACAUUGAAAGAGAGGAAGCUGAGAGUAGAGAAAGGGAAGCAGAAUAUUUUAGAAAAGAGCGAAAUCGGAUGAGACAAAGCCCAGUCCCUCUUCCUCAUUCUACAAGUCGUCUAGAAAGUGAAGAAAAAGGACAUAUGGGAUCAAUAAUCCAUGGAACUCCACGUGAAUAUACUAGGAGCUUAUCACCCGUUCCAUCUUCAUCUGCUCCUUUGAAUUUGGCCACUAAUAUUCCUCACAUGGAAACACCAUUAUCUGUAAAAGAAGAAUACAUUUCAAGGCAGCCAAGGCAAAAUAACAAUUCUCUUGUGAAUGGUCAGUUGCAUCCAAGAAAUUCCAAUCAACAUACUGGUCUUGCUUACUAUAGAAAAGAACAGGAAAUGAGUUCUUCUCAUCGAAUGCCAUACCAAAUGAAUGUUUCCAGGGAAAAUGAAUCAAAGCCUCAUCACGCUGAAACACCAGAAAGUAAACUGACAAUUUUUCCUCGACCUAAAGGAUCUUCAAACUAUUAUGUGGAGAGGGAGAAUAAAAAUGGCGCCACAUUCGAAACUCGCACUUUGAGCAUGGCAUCAGUCAUUAAUUCUCAAAUCAAUGGAAUUUUCGCUCGUGAAAAGUUCCCUUCCAACAACAGUUUUGAUUACUUGAACAGUUUUGUUGCCAAAUCAGAACACUCACCGGAUAAUCAAAAUAAAAUGGAAUCCGACUCAAAGACGGCUUCCCCACCCCAAGAAAAUUUCUCUGUCAAUUCAAAAGAAUUUGAAAAUGAAAAAACAAGCAUUAAAGAGAGCUUAAAAAAUGAAUCGCCUAGCAAUAAAUUACCUGGUUUCGUGCUUAAUGUUCCUCCAGCCUUAUUCCGUGGUGAUGUUAAUGAUUUUUCUGAAAAUUAUAAACUCAGAGAUUUGUCAGCGAGUGGAAUGUUACUAAAUAGCUCUGAAAUCCCUCCUUUUCACGAUAGUGCGGAUGAAAGACCUAGACUUGUCAGUGUCUUGGAUGCCAGGGAGCAGCGUUUGAGGAAGCUGCGAAUGACUAGAGAAGUUGCUGAUAGCGAUGAAUCUGAAAUUGAGUCUGAUGAGGAGGAUGAAGAGCGAUUAAAAGUUUUACUGUCCAUUAAAAAAGGUCCACCUCCUAAGAUGGAUUCAAAUCCAAAGAAAUUGAAGUUCCUUUCUAAACUAGAUCUAACCAUUCCUUCCAAAAUACAAGCUAUUGAGCUACAUAAAUGCAUUAAGCGACACCAGGCGCUGAGGGAGAAAAGUAUGAGUCCUGUUGAUAUGGAGCCAAUCAAGGAGCCAGAAAUAGAGUAUGAUGUUGAACACCUCAAUGAAUUAGCAAAACGGCUGUGUUUUGAAGAGGAGUUCCAAGAAAAGUCUGACUUUUUGAGAUCUUUGCAGUUAUCAUUUAUUCCUCUGGAUCAGAGAGAAGAUAAAGAAAGACUUGAUAAAAUUGUGCUUCAAGAUAAGCUAAGAAGAAAUGGUUUACUAAAAUCUAAUAGUGAAGGAUCAAUGGAGGUGCAAAGUAGCAUACUAGGAAAACGAGAUUACUCUGUUUUAAAUAAUGUAAAAUCAGAGAUUAUUAAAAAGCCCAAUUUAAACCAAGAAAAAAAUAUUAAUGACUCUGGCUUGGAUAGAAUGUUCAGUGACAAAAAGUUUUUCCCUGCCAGUGAAUCUAGCCAAAUAGCAGUUCCUCUUCCCAAGAAAAUAUCUUCAUUCCUCAAGCCUCCUAUGAAAACUGUUAAUCUGCCAGUUCCUCCUUUGAUUCCUACCAAUCAGAUUCCUGCAUUUGCUGAAACAACACAAGAUAAAGGUGCUGUCAUUGCUCCAAAAGAUCCAAGAGUCAGGCAAAUCAAUAAAGAUUUUGUUGAGGAAUUUCAUAAGUCUGUUUUGCAAACGACUCAAAUGCAAUUAGAAAAGAAAAAUAGUUCUUCUGGUUUAAUUGAACAUGCAUUUUAUAAAAGUCCUGAAAGUGAAAGUGUUGAAAAGACUGACUGGUAUUAUGAUAGACCUCCUUUUCAAUGGCCUGGCAUUGAAGCCAUAAUGGAAUCAUAUGAGUGCCAUAUAUCUGAACAAACUUCUGAAAAGAAAUUUUUGAUAGAAAGCUGCCAAAAACUAAAUGUUGUAAACCAAGAAUCGAAUAUUGAAAUUGAGUGCCUUCAAAAAAGAACAGAAGAACUUAUGCAAGAAAAGAUGUAUCUGGAUUCUGAGAAGAGAGAACUUCAAAAACAAAUUGAAAGUUUGAAAUUAUUUAUUGAUCAUUUUAGGUAGCAAAUGUAU